AUGGAUCAGCCAUUAUCAACGAUGGGUAACUCCCUGAUUGUGGAAGUUAAAGCCGCUGGAAAGAUAGGGAUAGUGGAGGAGACCAAGUUGGAACCAGCAUUUGAGCAAGGAAUAAAAAAAGUCGAAACAUAUAGACUGGCAGUUGAUUGUGUAUUGGAUGGACUCGAAGCAAUAAUGCAGCCGAAUCAUAAAAUUGUGGAAACAGGAGCGAUUGUCGCUCCACCUGGACAAAAUCCUCACGAACUAAUGGCUACUGCAUGCACAAAAAUGAAGCGAUUCCUAGGCAACAACGAGCAGGUAAAAAACACUAAAACAAAAGAAGAAUUGGAAGAAAAGGGAAUGUUUUAUCAUAAAUCGGUAAAAGCAUUCAACGAUCAGGCCUCCAAAAUCCAAGUGGUAAUCGAUGAAUUACCAAUGACUAUUUUCACUAAUCAAAGAGAGAUAGUAAAGUUCUUUGCUCAACGGGAGAAAUUCCAUACAAGUGCAUCGGACAUUAUGAAGGAUGCAUUAAAACAUUUACCAAAAAAAUAG